AAAAGAGACUUUAAAUUCUGGGGGAAACCUAGGACUUAGAAAGGUAAAUUUUGAAAGACACAGGGUCUGGAAUAGUUUAUAGUAUCAGGCAGAACAUGUACUUCUCUUGGAAAGUUACAAGAAGUAACUCAGUAACUUAACAAGACCUAUUAAAUUUUUAUUUUAUAUUCCACCUAGAUCCAUGAUUCAUACUGGUUACUUCAGAGAAAAAUCUACACCGCCAUGGGUUCAUUCACGGGGCAACGCAAGAUUCUGACAGUGGUGUUGGUCUUUCUGGCUUCGAUCUUCUACUUCAAGAUGCCCUGGCCUGACAACACCAUCCCUCGGCCCCCAGCACCUUGCUGUGCCUCUAAACCUGUCCCCACGCCCUCCCUCUUGGAGUCUGUCUCCCAGGAGUUUGGCAACCUGACCCAUCUUUUGUACUGGCCUUCAAGCCCAGGAGAAGAAAAGGACCUAUUGGCCUCCACCAGCCCCCAGAACUCCACCUACCACCUGAGAGGUCCUGCGCAGGCCAGCUAUGCCCUGGGAAGCUACUUGGAGGCCAUCCUUGUUGCCAGAGACCAUAGGGGCAGGCCCAAGACCCACGGUGGGGAUCUGUUUCGGACAAAGCUGCUGGGUCCUGACUUGAAGGCAGGGGUCCCUGGGGAUGUCCAGGAUCUGGAGAACGGCACAUACCUGCUGUCCUUCCCCCUUCUUUGGGCUGGGCAGGCCCAGGUGCAAGUGCGGCUGAUCCAUUCCAGCGAGGCAGUGGGGGUUCUGCGAAGAAUCUGGAGAGAGAAAAGAGCCACUGUUGAUUUUAGAGGGUAUUUCCGGGGACCCACGGGCAUUGAAGAGACUGUGAUUUGCAAUGUUGACGCUCUGUCCAUUGGAACAAGAGGGCCUACCUGCCAGUACAGAAAUACGGAUUCGGGUGAAGUCUGGUUCUGUGCUCAGCCCUCUACCCUGCCCUGCAACUCUUUAGUUGGGCACUCAAGUGGAAGUUACCUGAAUGUAACUACUCUACGUGAUGAGGCCCUGCUGGCAUGGCAAGUGACAGACAAGGUGCUCCCUCGGGGCAUUUCUCCAAUCCAAAUCAGAAGGGCAGCCCCAGGAAACAGCAGCCUGGCCCUACCCUCUCGACCCCCGUGCAGUCCUGGGCUCCCUACCGCAAAGCCCUCUGGCUUCUACCACGGGCACGUGUGGCACUCACUGUCCUGCUCCAGCCGCUCCUUUCCCACUGUUAACAGCAUCCUGGGCUGCCUGGCUGGUCACGUCGUCCACAUGAUGGGGGACUCCACGCUUCGGCAGUGGUGGGAGUAUCUGCGUGACACCGUGCCCUCCCUGAAGCCGGUGGAUCUACACGUCACGUAUCAGACAGGGCCCCUGAUGGCCGUAGAGACCACGCGGAACAUAGUGCUGCACUGGCGGGCCCACGGCUGGCCCCUGCGCUCCCUCCGCACACCAGUGGCCUCCCUGCACUCUGUGGUCCAGGAGCUGGGAGGCCUGGCUGGGGGGCCCCACACCGUGGUGGUGCUGGGGCUGGGCGCACACUUCACCACCUUCCCUCCAUCCGUCUUUGCACAGCGACUGGCAGGGAUCCGGGCAGCUGUGGCUGCGCUGCUGGCCCGGGAGCCCCACACUCUUGUGGUCAUCAAACUGGCCAACACUGGCUACAAGUCCGUGUAUGGCAGUGACUGGUUCACCCUCCAGGUGAACCGGCUCCUCCGAGCUGCCUUUGCUGACCUCCGUGUGGCCUUUGUGGAUGCCUGGGAAAUGACCUCCAGCCUGGCCCUGCCUGACAGCAUCCACCCAGUGCGGCUCAUUGUCCAAAACGAGGUGGACUCCCUCCUCUCCUUCAUCUCCCUGAAGCCAGUGGAUCUACACGUCACGUAUCAGACAGGACCUCUGAUGGCCGUAGAGACCACUCGGAACAUAGUGUUGCACUGGCGGGCCCACGGCUGGCCCCUGCGCUCCCUCCGCACAUCAGUGGCCUCCCUGCACUCUGUGGUCCGGGAGCUGGGAGGCCUGGCGGGGGGCCCCCACACUGUGGUGGUGCUGGGGCUGGGCGCACACUUCACCACCUUCCCUCCAUCCGUCUUUGCGCAGCGACUGGCAGGGAUCCGGGCAGCUGUGGCUGCGCUGCUGGCCCGGGAGCCCCACACUCUUGUGGUCAUCAAACUGGCCAACACUGGCUACAAGUCCGUGUAUGGCAGUGACUGGUUCACCCUCCAGGUGAACCGGCUCCUCCGAGCUGCCUUUGCUGACCUCCGUGUGGCCUUUGUGGAUGCCUGGGAAAUGACCUCCAGCCUGGCCCUGCCUGACAGCAUCCACCCAGUGCGGCUCAUUGUCCAAAACGAGGUGGACUCCCUCCUCUCCUUCAUCUGCCCCACCUGA